CGCAUCACAUCACAUGAUGCACAUGCUUGCAACGGACAUACAUCAUACAUACAUCGAGAGGGAAGACCGCGGGAGGAGAGGAUGGAGGCGGUGCUGAGGGUGGUGGGGAAGAAGGACAACGUGAUCCACCUCCUCCUUUUGGGCACUUUCGCGGCGCUCGGAGUCCGCUCGUUCAAGCAGCAGCAGGAGAUCGCGGUCUUGGAGGCCGAGAAGACGACCCUCCGCUCCGCCAACACCGCCAUGGCCUCCGCCAUGUGGGCUUGGCGCCAGCAUCUCUUCGGCCUCGCCGAGGGCGAUCCCUCCGAAGCCCCCAUUUCUCUCGCACGCCUCCGCGCCAUCUACGGCGAGGAUGACCCCGCCGCCGCUGACGACCAAGGUGCAGGAGAGGUUACCGCCACCGCCGAAGAAUCAAUCACUAUAGCCUAAUGUUGUUUAAACUUGGCAUAGAUGGUCUGGCCAUUUUAAUAAGCACGUAGCCCAUGAACCUGUGCUCAUUCUCGCAUAACCAUGUUAAAAUGCUGAAGAAUGCAUACCGAGAAAAUGACGCAAGUCGCGAGCAAAAACAAGUUUCUCUUCUGUGGUGGUAUAUUUUGGACAAAGACCUGUAGUGAAUGACGACUUUGUUUGGCACGCAGGACCUCAUGUAUGGUGAAUGGCUUGGCCCCGUGUGAUGGGGCGUAUUGAAUAUUUACUGAAGUAUGCAUCCUGCUGUAGAACUAGCACCUAACAUUGCCUUUAAACAACUGUGUUGAACAGGAUGAUCAACGCCUUUUGAUCAUUGUUGUUUUUGGUGGUACACCAUUCAGUCUCAGAA